UGCUACUCCGUCUCUGAGCUCCCCUAUCAAAUAAUUAAAUGAACGUGCUAGUGUAUCCCAGCACACACCCAGCCGCUCCCUCUCUCGUUGAAACGCUUGCUUCAAUAUUGACACCGCACUAUUUACCACAGCUGCUAACGCCAUCUCAACUCUCCGUACAAGAAUAUCCAUGGCACACCUCUUGUGCCCUCCUCUUACUCCUCUCCCCUCCUACAGAUCAUGCAGCUGUCCGCAAAUACAUCGAGUCCGGAGGUAGGAUAUUAGCAUUUGGCGUUGGCGUCAGAAAAGGCACUCUACUUGGUUCGAGUCAUGACUUUGGAUCGCUAUCCGCGGGUCUUGGUCUGGGCAUGGUAAAGGACACGACUAUACUCAGAGUCGCUGAUGGAAACGCAUCCCUCUACAUUUCCUUCUCAACUGCUUCUGGAACAAGAGCGGAUGCACUGAUCGACGACACCGUGCUAUCUGUAUCCAGACUACCCAUGUGUCCUUUGGACCUCGAAGCACACAUCAUCGGUCGUUAUGUUGAGGGGAAUGCACCUGCUGGUAUCUUAUCUCAAAGCGGGCUUGUCGCGAUGUGGAAUUGCACCCCACCCCUUCCAGAUAUCCUGCUGUCACGAUCGCUAUCUGCACUUGGUCUGCACUUCUCCUCGCAGAGAGCUGAUUCCGGUCUUGAGCCUCACAUUCUACCUCAGUUUCUUCUUGCUCGUCCGGAUUCAUGGCAGGUACAGUAUCGCAUUGUAGAGGCACUGCACGAUCAUUUAAACUCUGGGUCAGCUGUCGGCGAUGAAUCACAACCCAAGUGGGAGCCUUUUGUGUUCGAAGAUACCAACGACAAUUUUCACUUUCACUUCCCAUCCUUCCCUCCCGAGGCCAGCAACACCGAUCACCCCAUACUCGAACUCAUUCCACCCAAUUUCCUCUCAAACCCGAAAGUCAAGCACGUACUCGUACCUUCAGGACCCCUAACUAUCGAGGAUGAACGAAUAUACACCCCACAAUUCUCACCCUCUGCCUUCUUCCGCGCCAUAGACGAGUUCCACUCUGGAAUGAAAGAUACAAACCAAGGCACAAACCAAGAUUCCUGGCGCAUCGGCGAAGCACUCAUGUACGGUGAAAUAGUCUCCAGCACACAAACAAUGUUUGACAAAAACCCAUCUUUCCUCCGUGUACUCCCCUCUCCCAUCGUCUCCCUCGCCACAGUACAAUUGGCAGGACGCGGCAGAGGUGGUAACACGUGGCUCUCACCUGCAGGGUGCUUGCAGAUGUCGCUCAAGAUUCGAAUCGGUCUGAAAGGGUCUUCGUCAGUACCAGGCCCAACAAUCGCCCCUUCCAACCUCGUAUUCAUCCAAUACCUCUACGCACUAGCAAUCAUCGACGCAUGUCACGUCCUCAACCCCGGCUCCGAAUGGGCCCAUAAAGUCCGUCUGAAGUGGCCUAAUGACAUUUAUGGCCUCUUCCCAUCUUCACAACACAGCCCUGUAUCAAAUUCAAAGUCAACACCGGAACCACGGAAAAUUGGCGGGGUACUGAUAAACACUAGUUUUGGCGGUGGCGUGGCAGAUGUAGUAAUCGGAAGCGGCCUCAACGUCUCAAACGCACCACCUAUCGCCUCACUCGCCCAACUCGCAUCUACACCUACCUCAGGGCUCUCUGUAGAACGUGUAGCAGCGGCGGUUCUCACCUCUUUUGAGCGCAUGUGGAAUUCUUUUUUGCAGAAUCAGGAACAGGGUUUUCAUCCGUUCAUGGAUCAAUACCUCCGAUCAUGGUUACAUUCGUACGUCUCUGUUGUGCUUUUCUUUACGUCAAGUUUACCUAUCGUACUUACUCGUGGUUCCCACAGGGACCAGCUCGUCACACUAACGGACCGGACCCCACACCAAAGUGUCCGCAUUGUCGGUAUUACUCCCGACCAUGGGUUGUUACGUACUGUGCCGAUGGGCGGUGGAGAGUUCAUUGAUUUACAGCCUGAUGGCAAUAGCUUUGAUAUGAUGAAGGGGUUGAUAUCGACAAAGAAGAGGUAGGAAGGAAAAUCAAACAAUGAUCAUACAGAACUGUUAUAGAAUCAUCAAUCAACAUUUGUAUUGCAAUAGGUCAUCAUGUUACACUGGCAUACAAAUGUCGACCAACUCAUUCACACACUUUGUAGUCAGAUCAAUCCCAGCAGCUCGUAUCAUCCUUGCACAAGAACUCAAGCAACAUGCUCGGAUCGGCCCACGCUGAGCAGAAUCUUCGGCGCCUGGUCACAGUUGAACAUCCGCAGCUCUGUUAUCGGGUGAAACUCGCUGGACCCUGGUGUUCUCAUGGGUCUAGCAGCUAGCCCUGACCGGUCCGACUGACCCUCCUAACCAAACGGGCAUCAUUGUGGCCUUUGCCUAGUAUAGCAGGUGUGAGCAGGAAGAGCCUGUCAUGUUGAAGGACGCGCUGAAUUGAUGUUACAGCAGU